UCAAGAGCAUCGGUGCUUAACAGGAGAUCAUGAAUCGUGCAGUCUGACGUCGUCAAAUUCGUGCAGCGGACCAGCUAUUCUUCUUGCUACAUUUCACACGGGAGUGCAGCAAGAUAUGAAGAUAUGGAGAGCGUUCCAUGUUUUACUCCUGGUCCUGGUGAUACGGACAGCAGCACCGAGUGAUGUAGUUGUCACAAUACCUCAAGGACAAUUACGGGGCCGUUCUAGUACAAUACUCGGCUACCCCAUUCAAAUGUUCAUCGGAAUACCAUACGCAAACCCGCCCGUGGACCAUCUCAGAUUUCGAAAACCUCAGCCUAAGGCACCCUGGAGUGGCGUGUAUGACGCGACCCAUCCGAAAACCUCCUGCAUCCAGCCACGGAUGCAAGUCAUGUUACCUAUACCUGUGCCUCUAUCAGAGGACUGUUUGUACCUAAACGUGUGGACCCCUUCAACAACCGAUGGUGGCAAGAGGCCCGUUUUUGUGUGGCUGUUCGGUGGCAUCUACAUCGCCGGUUCAGCGUACCAGGAGAUGUACAAUGCUACGGUACUCUCGGCCAUUAACGACAUCGUUGUCGUUAGUUUCGACUUUCGUCCAUCGAUCUUCGGCUUCCUCGACAGCGGUACUGUGGAAGGACCGGGUAACCUGGCCCUAUGGGACCAACGACUUGUGCUAGAGUGGGUUCGCAGCAACAUCGCCGUAUUCGGAGGAGAUCCCGAGACCGUCACUCUCUCUGGCGUCAGCUCAGGAUCCAUUAUGGUACAUGCCCAUGUGUUAUCUCCGCUCAGCAGGGGCUUAUUCAGGCGUGUAUUCUUGAUGAGCGGCACACUAUGCACCGAUACACUGUCCGACUCGGUCACCGAAAGCAUCAUCAAAGGAAACGAGGUUGCGAGGAUCGUCGGCUGUGCGGACUCCUUCCAGGAUCUCACAACCCACACUCAACGCGUCCUAGACUGUCUCCGGAAGGUAGAUGCAUGGCCUCUGAUUAGAGCCACAGCAGCGGCCAUGGUACCAAAGUUUUUGUUCUUCAUGCCUACUUUCAAGAGUGAAUUUCUGCCUUCGCUGACCUCCGAUACCAGUGCAGCAGGAGCCUUUGCGCCCGUCGAUGCUCUCGUUAGCGUCGUGUCUAAUGAAGGAACAUUUCCCUUUGUCUACCAGACUGACAACAGGCUACUUGAUCCAGACCUAAAAGACAUCAGCACUGAGUACAUGCGAGCUGCGUGCGAAGACUUGCUCAAUUCUUGGACGAAGGAUAAAAUUGUUCCACUGGGCGUUGCCUACUUGGAUCGUGCGCCGCCGUACAAGUUGGCACAGAGGGAGGCAGCAUGCGACUUUUUUGGAAAGCACAACGCUUACUGCCCGAGCAGGUUAUUCGCUGAGAGUCACUCAAAUGUGGGCGCUACGGUUUACGGGCAGGUCUUCGCGCACAGAUCUAAAAUAGCUACCACUCCCGAAUGGGUAGGUGUCACUCACAUGGAUGACGUACCAUACACUUUUGGAAUUCCUUUUCUGGAUGUGGACAGCUACACCGAUGAAGACAGAAAUUUCAGUCUGGAGGUAAUGAGGAGCCUCGCAAAGUUUGUUAGAGAAGGGACACCCAGCCUUCCCUCCUUCGAGAACUGGCCUCAAUUUUCACUGGACAAUCCUAGCUUCGUGUGGCUUCAGCCAGGCAACUACGGAAUUGUGAACGAUUUUUAUAGCACAGGCUGCGAACUCUGGAGGAAAUUUCUUUGAUUUCGAAAACGAUGGACUGCACUACUCAUCAAUUGCUACUGUCCAGUCGUUAUUCGUA